AUGCGACGACCAGCGCUCGACGCUCCGGUCGCAGAGCGCGCUCCCUCGCGUCAUCCUCCAACUUCCCGGGGUGCAGACCCACGCCCCCCGCCCGCGCGGGGAUCGGUCCUCCGCAGAGCCCGGCCCCGCCUACCACGGCUCUCGGGGUUAGGCCGCUGGGCCCGCAGCCGUGGGCCGCCAGGCUGGUACAAAGAGAAUCUACCUUCCAAGUAUUUCACAAAGCACAGGCCCGGGCCCACGGGCGGCACCUCCCUGAACAGCCUGCGGGGGACAUUCUCAAAGAAGGGGCUGGAUGACUUUAGGAGACGCUGCCCACCACACAAGGGUCUGAACACUCAGGCUGCACGGGAGGCCUUUGUCCCCCAGAUCCAUCACACAACUCCCCUAAAGAAGAGGCAGCACCAGCCGCCCCAGGAAGCAAGCAAGCUCCCGCCAGCCCGGGCACAGAAGGCACUCCUUGCAGAUGUCAAAGCCCAGCUGACCCUGCACCCCUUGGCUCUCUACCCUCAACUGGGGGAAGACAUGCCUGUUGAGCUCUAAUCAAAGGUGCUGGAAGUGCUGGAUCCUGACAGGAGACCGGAGGACGCAUGGGCUUAUUGUCAGGGCUUCAGGAAAAGAACAAAGGAACCAGCAAAGCUUUUUAAAAAACUUCUUCCCCAGUCUACCCGGGGCUGUAAUCCCAAGAAGACUUCAGUGUCACAUCCAGGUCAAUGGCUUAAUGAAGAAAAGAAGCCAAGUGAAACAGAUUUGUUCCAUGAAGAUGCUCCUCUUCUUCAUGAAAACGUGCACAAAGGAGUUAGGGACUUCUGCAACUGGGCUACUGCUCUUGGAAGUUCAAACAUUGUUGACGAGUUCAUUCUGAAACAGUUUGACAUUGACUAUCAGAGUAAACCAAGCCAUGAUGUGCUCCACACGAGGAGACUCAACCAGGUUCCUCUGGAGUUAAAGAAGAGAGUGGGGCUAAAGAAGCUGCAGAAGCCACAGUAUUUCCAGAAACUAGACUAUGAGCAGAAACACCAGAAACCACAGAAUCCUCAUAAUGCAAAGUGUGUGAAGAUGAGGUAUGGAGCAUGGUAUCUGGACACCAAGUUAUGGAAAAAGCAAAGAGCAGAUGAACCUUUGCUUGACCCCAAGGUCUCAUGUAAAGCUCAAGGUGAGAAUUUUAAAAGGGAGCUACAGGAACAGGAGGAGUCACUUGCAGACCUUCAAGGGACAAUUGCCUUUAAGGAUUUCAUUCUGAGCAGGGGCUACACAAUGCCAAGUGCUGAAGUAUUUAUCAGUGCCAAGCAACAAACCAAGAUUGGCCUCUCAAAAAUGAGAACAGAGUUCAUGGCUGGGCUGCGAAACCCUGGGGGCCUGGGAUGUGCCAAAGCUCCAUGCGGCAGCCUUGCCACAGGUGUUUCAAAUACAUUGGAUUCAUUGGAUCAGAGGGCAGAGCUUCUUGGACCAGUUACAAGCCUUCUCUUGCUUCAAGCUGCACUCAAAGCUGGUAACCCCUCAGAUUACUGCAGAAAUGAGCUGAAACAGCACAUCUAA